AUGGCUACGGGCGGCGAGCCCCGGGACGGCGCCGGCCACGUCCGCGCAGCGACUCCGCCGAGCCCGCCAGCACCCCGCACCACCGCGCCGCUCCGCCGCCCGAGCCCGAGGCGGCGCUAUAGGUUCGCGGGGGCGGGCCCGGCGCGCGACGGACGGCGUGCCUCUCCAGUGGCCGCGCGCCGCCCGCCCGUGCCCCGCCCUGCGUCCCGCCCCGCGGCCCCGGGCUCCCCGCCCCGCUCCCUGGCGCUCGCCUCCCUCCCACCCGGUGCGCGGCGCUCUGGGGCCGGGCGCGGAGGCCGCCGCCGCUCUCCCAGCCGAGCCCGCGCGCCCCUUCUCCCCCCGGAGGGGAUGGGGGGGGCGGCGCGCCCCCAAAUCCUGCCGGCUCCUUUUGCUGUCCUCCAGCUGUCCCCUCGGCCCCUGGCCGCUUCCCCAUUGGGCAGCGAAACGUACACAAAGAACACGGGAUUCGGGUUAUUUACGAAAUCGUGGUUUUUAAACUGCCGGCUGUGUGACCCGGAGCAAACUGCUCGGCCUCUCGGUGUCAGGGUCCUCGCCCGUAAAGAGACUGGGGAGGAUAAGAGCGAUAAGGCUUUUCGAACACGGGGCCCUGCUCCUGGCACGGCGCGGGCGCGCGGCUCCGUGCGCCCCCCAACCCGCCCGGCGUGCAGCCCGGCCCUGCUCCCGCGCCCCGCCUCGGCCCGACCUGCAGCCGAGAGUCGGGGAGGGGGGGCGCCCCGGAGCCGCCGACGGCCUCGCGCUCCGAUUUCCUCACCGUACGAAAUGAAAUUCCACAGGGGGAUUCGAGAGGAAAUGAGACCGGGACGCUCCGUGCUUCUCGGCCCGCCGCCCUUCCUGUCUCGGGGACACGGUUUCUAAAUAAGGUUGGGAGGGCGAGAGGGCGGGAGGGGAGAAGCUUGACCUGUGCAGGAGGUGCUGGCGGGGUGGGGAGGGGACCGGGAAGGCUGCCCUCCCCCAGCCUUCCGGGCAUCCACCCACCCCACCCCCCCACCUGCCUCCUGCAUCUCUUUCCAACUUUCUCUGCUUCUCCGGGGGUCCUGGGGAUCAUGCCAGCCGUGUUUUGAUCCAGCUUUACCCUCUCAUUCCCAGUCCUCUCCCCACCCUCCCUUCCUUCGGCCGAGCUUGGUGUUAGCCCACACUCUCCACUAAAGCCUCAGCAGGUGGAUUCCUAAACGAUUUAGUCCUUGCAGGACUGCCAGUGUGCCUCGCAGAGCCUCAGAUGGGUCACCUGUAAAAUAAGGAAGUUUGUAUCUAUCCCCACGCAGUUGUUCUGACUUAAAUGAGAUAAUGUGUGUAAAUUGUUGUGGACACUGACUGGCACGUCGUAAGUGCCAAAUAACUUGAUUAUUGUUGAUGUUGUGGAAAUCUCCUGCAGCCCGGGUCUAAGGAUCUGGGUUAAGAGCUUUCUGCUCUCUUCCUGAGAUCUUUUUGUCCAACACUUACCACAGUUCUCCAAGAACUUGGCGACAGGGACCAAGCUUCUAAUGUGUGUUUAUGUCCUCCCAUUUCAGGUAAGUCUAGAAUAUGGCAGAGGCUGGAUGCAAGUUGAAAGGACCUCAGUACCACUCAUGUGGUAAUCGUGUUAUGCCUUGUAUAUAUUACCAACCGGUCCUGGGUAAGGGCAAGAAUGGAAUCAACUUUUGUUUUUUUUUGCUAUUUGGCUCUGUGCCUAGAAUUGUGUUAGGCACAUAGAAGCUGCAUGGUCUCCAGCCAUCAUCAUAACCUUCCAGGGAAGGAGACUCUAUUUGUCCCUCAAAGAAAUGAAGAAACUGAGGUCAGAACCAAAGUGAUUGUUAGAAAAUGAAAAAAGUGGGAGUGGGGGGGAGCAGGGUUAUUUCCCCAGAAAAGUUCCCAUCUGGGAAUCUAUGUACUCAGCAGUAGGGUUGAAUCUUCUCUUUAUCUUUGCAGAGUAAUGCAUGAGACUUACAGAGAUGAAUAAAUGAUGAGUGAAUCAAAUGUAUAGACGGUUCUCACCUUGUAGGAACUCAGAGGAGGAGACAAUAAACAGAUAACAGUAACUCCAUGUAGUCCUGCCAUCUCUGCCUCGGCCUGCUUGAUGCGACUGUCUCCUUUGAGAGCCCUUGAAAAAGCCCCUUGCCCGACAGAAGCUUUUCCUGUCAACAGCUUUUCUUUCCCAGCAUGGAACUCAUCGCAGAAAACGCUUCCCCAAGGGAGUUCCAGGCAGAAGGCUAUCCACCCUGUGACAUGCACUGUUCAAGAGAGGUGCUUGCUCAGUCUCUCAGUCACUCUGUCAUAUCCAACUCUUUAUGACCUCAUGGACGAUGGCCCACCAGGCUCCAUUGUUCGUGGGAUUUAUCAAGCAAGAAAAUCGGAGUGGGUUGCCAUUUCCUCCUCCAGGGACUCUUACUGGACCAGGGAUUGAACCUGCGUCUUCUCCAUUGGUAGGCGGAUUCUGUACCACUGAGCCACCUGGGAGGCCCAAGAGUGGAGUCAAAGAUAGUGUCUUGAGAAUAGACCUGUUAACCUAAAGGAUGGGCCAUGGGUCCCUAGUGGCUCUGGCCUGAGUGCCUGGGCCGCUUCCUCCAUCCACUCCUUGAGUAACAAAGAUGCAGCUGCUUUGGAGCCGCAACAAACAUGACUUCAGCGGGCUGUUGGGCAGUUGGAGGGCUCUCUAUUUGCAUCUAAUGAGAGGCUGGGUUCUAAUUAACUCCUGUGAUGUGUUAAUUUUUCAACCUGACAUUUUCUGCUCUAAUAGAUUCUUGUAAUGGUUCCUAAAUUAAAGACUGCAUUUGCAGACU